AAGCCUGCGCAGCUCGCGGCUGCCUGGUGUGGCACGCAGCGGUCGUACAGAUCAGUCUACUACAGUCGCUCUGGUGGCACUACGAGGCCGCACACCCACGUGUGUGGCACGCACACAGACUUCUAAGCACCGCACAGCAGCACACAAAAAAAAGUACCUAGUCUUGCGAAUCUAGGCCCACGUCCGUGUAGGCGGGGAUACUCUUGCUCGACAUCGUCAAAAAAAGACAUGUCAGGCCUCUACACCCGCUGGACGGAAGGACGUCCGGACGUCGCGAAGUACGCAUACGUGGUCCGAUCAAAGACGGACGUCCGGACUGGCCCCGGCCCCGACGCCGAGCCGACGGGGCGCGUCCUCGAGGCCGACCAAAGGAUCGAGGUCUCCGAGCGACGAACACUGGAGGACGCGCAGACGUUCCUGAAGCUCGCGGACGCCGCGGGCGGCUGGGCGGAUGCCGCCGCCGCCGAGGAGGUCGCGCUCCCGAAGCCGGUCGCGUACGAGCCGAUCACGACCUUCGCUUUUGAUUGGGACGACCGCAAGGGCCGCGUGACGGUCUACCUGACGCUGCCGGGCGUCCACGAGCUGCCCGAGGGCUCCGUGCAGGCGGACUUCGGCGAGCGGUCCCUGGACCUGCGGGUGCACGGCGGCGUCAACCAGCGUCUCCUGGUCCCGGAGCUGUACGACGUGAUCGUGCCGGCGCGGUGCCGCUGCCGCGUCAAGAAGGACAAGGUCGUCUUGCUGCUGAAGACGGGCCCGCCCGUCGUGCCCUUCAGCGCGUGGCAGAAGCUCUCGUCGGGCGCCGCGGACCCGGUCGAGUGGGGCGCGAACCCCGGGUAA